AUGAGGGCCCGCCUGCUCCUGGUGAUGGAGCCUCAGGAGGGCAGCUGGACCCAGGAGUUCGAGGCAUACUUACUCCAUGGCACCCUGCUUGAGAAGGAGGAGGACGCAGAGUGCGUGGCCCGCCAGGCCACCACCUACAGCUUGCGGGAUGGCGAGCUAUACCGAAGGCACCCCAAUGGCGUCUCGCUAAGGUGCAUUUCAGAAGAUCAAGGGCGUGAGCUGUUGGUGGAUAUCCAUGGGGGAGACUGCGGGCACCAUUCAUCGGAGUGCACCCUCGUGGGAAAGGUGUUCCGCAUCGGGUUCUACUGGCCUACGGCGCUCCACGACGGCACCGAGCUGGUCUGA